CGAAACUGCCCCCCAGUCAAAACAGGCUCCAUCGUGUCCGAAUCUGAUUAUCUGAACGAACUCUCUCCCUUUCUCUCCCACCGUCUUCUUUCUCCGAUCAAUCUCCCAACUUUUUAAUUUUUCUCGUCACUCAUCGAGCUUGGAAGAUGAGCUUGAAGGCUACGAUCGUAGUACUAUUAGGCCUCGUAUGGAGCUUCCAGGCAGCGCUAGGUAUCAGAUUCGUGAUAGACAGAGAAGAAUGCUUCUCCCACAAGGCUGAAUACGAAGGCGACACGCUCCACGUCUCAUUCGUCGUCAUCAAGUCCGAUUCCCAAUGGCAUUUCAACGAAGACGGUGUAGAUCUCGUGAUACACGGCCCGACAGGGGAACAAGUUCACGACUUUAGGGAGCAGAUUAGCGCCAAGCACGACUUCGUUGUCCAGAAGAAAGGAGUUUACCGUUUUUGUUUCACGAACAAGUCUCCUUAUCAUGAAACCAUUGACUUCGAUGUUCAGCUUGGUCACUUCGCGUACUACGAUCAGCACGCAAAGGACGAGCAUUUCACUCCGUUGAUGGAGCAGAUAUCGAAGUUAGAGGAGGCUCUUUACAACAUUCAGUUUGAGCAGCAUUGGUUAGAGGCUCAGACGGAUCGUCAAGCCAUUGUGAAUGAGAAUAUGAGCAAGAGAGCAGUACACAAAGCUUUGUUCGAGUCGUUUGCGUUGAUAGGUGCAAGUGUACUCCAAGUUUAUCUUCUGCGUCGUUUGUUUGAACGCAAACUCGGCAUGUCUCGUGUCUAAAAAAGCAUUUUAGUCUAUUAUGAUUUUGGAGACUUUUGUUAUUAGCCACCUAAGAACUUAUUUUGCCUCAUUAAGUUAAAAUGUACCAGAGAAUGUUUUUACUUAAAACUCUUUUUACAGACACAAUCUUAGUUCAUCGGAUAAUUUUUGUUUCCCCAA